CGUUAGGCUAAAAACGUGACAUGACUAUUGAACGGGUCACGAACGAAAACAAAUUGUUUGCAACAUUGUGCACGACAUUGUGCUUUCACUAUUUAAGUUGAAUUAGUUGUCAUUCUUAACUUAAAUACAAUCAGCACUUUUGUGCAACAGUACAUAUGAACGAGAACUACGAUGCCAGAUCGCCGUGUGGACACUGGCAGCUAGCUACCAAACAACAAACCUAAACUUAAAGCUGUCAGACAGCGCUGACGCUUUCAGUGGUAAGUCAAGUUGCGCAACAGAAGAAAUUAAACCCAAUAAAUACACUUCUUGACACGGGUAAACCUGGGAAGUAUUCUGUGAGCCAAUGAAAAGAAAGCUUCCAGAUGAGAGGACAGAGAUGAAAGGAGGAUCACGUAAAACAAGAAAAAGGGAACCUAAAAAGACCUGCGCAGAUAAUGUCACUACAGACACCGUCUUAUCUGCAGGAAGAGAGAAAUUAAAUAUUGUGGCAAGCAGUGACCUGUCCACCCUCAGCCAGUCCGCUUUGAGUUCCUUAACAAGUACUCCAAAAAGAGGGAAAGGACCAACAAGACAGAUACAAGAAGCCAGUCUGACCUCCACCCCAGUCCACAUUCUGUCCAACAUUUCAGACUCCCCUCCUGGAGUAAAUGAAUUUCAGCUACAGUUCACAGAACCCAUCACUCAGCCAACGGCAUCCGAGACAGAUUCACCAUGUUUCAACUCAAAAAUUCGAAGGAGGAGAAGUAGAGCCUUUCAGCCGAGACAAGUUAAACAAAGGGCAGCUAAGGAGCAGACGCAGGCCGAUGGAUCUACGGUCAAGCGUGGGCGUGGCCGGCCGCGGAACACUGCGACUGGGGAUUUAAAAAGGAAAGCCAAUACUCAGCCAUCUAAACGCUUAAGGCCAAGAGUUGAGCUGAAUGAAUUUACUGUGACAGAGGAAGAAGAGUCUUUGUUAUCUUCGGAUCUGUCAAUAGAGCUGAGUCACCAUGAGAAUCCCACCUUGUCCCCCCUGGAAGAUGAGAAAAGCGAGGAAGAGGAGGAGGAAGACUUCCCAAGUUUUAUGACGCAAAUGGACAAAAAGCCUCCGUCCAUUACAGAGGGAACAUUUGUGUGGUGCAAAUAUAGAUCUUAUCCAUUCUGGCCUGCUCUGGUAAAAAGUGUGAACCGUAAGCAAAAGAAAGCGAGCAUCGUGUUUAUUGAAGACACAAUUAUCCAGAAGAAAAAAGGGUUUGGUUGUUCUCUGAAAUCACUGAAGCCUUUUGACUGCGAAGACGCUGAAGAGCUUAUCAAAAAAGCCAAAGAACUCUAUGAUGCUGUUAUUACUUGGUCCUUAGAACUUAUAAAAGACUACAGAUUCCGGAUUGCAUGUGGCUCAUUUUCUGGCUCCUUCAUUGAGUACUUUAAUCAUGACAUGAGUUACCCAGUGAGGAGAAAGUGUCCACAGGCGGCCUCAGAUAGACUAGCCAUCGCCAGUCAUAUCCUGAUGGAGGAGCCAUGUGAUGAUAUAAAGGAGGAGAGUUUUAAUGAGAAGCAUGCAGACGAGCAUGUCUGUGGGAGUUCAAAGAGGUUACUGCCAGACCGGACCCAUGCUGCCCACAACCGUGCUAACGAGAAGCUUGUACAAUUUAUUGUCAAGCAGCACAUGGUGGAGCAACACCUUCUGGCUGUGAUCCGUGGGCAGCAGCAGUCCAGAUGGCUUCGCGCUUUUUUGAAUGCUAAGCGAAGACGUGUCGUGAACAUAUACUUGGAGGAUGACAAACAGCUGGACCAGGUCUACUGGUACCUAAGUGACCUUUAUACCAAAGCUGUAGACACCGCCCCUCAUCCAUCUGACGAGUACGAGCACGUCCCUUUUGUUCUAGAUGUGCUUCUACCUGAGGCUAUCAUUUGCGCCAUUGCGGGAGUGGAAAAUGUUCCAGUAAAGAAGGCAGAAGAAAAGUACCUCAGAGGACGAUGUAUUAGCAACAGAGAAAGACAAGAGUUUGACUUGAUGAUUGAGCGGGAGAUGAUGAGGAAGUCCCAGCAUCAUAAUGAGAUCAUUGACGUAUUCUCUGACCUUAUUACUUAAGACCGACAAAUUAAUAAAGCCAUCGUUGUUAUUGUUUUAUUUUUUGUUUGUUUGUUUUUUCAUGGGUAUUGCUUACCUAUGUGCUGUGCAGAUUAUAAAAGCACAUCAUGUUUAAUCAGCUCUGAUACGCAUUUUAUUUUAACCACUAUUGUAAAAAUGGAUGUGAAAGCGUAAGAUCAUGUGGCUUUUAAUUACAACUGGCAGAUGAAAGUAAAUUUACUGCUAAGUGUCUCCCUGUGUUCAGUCAAGUGUUAAUCUUUUGACUACAUAUGUUUUUGUGCAAAAUUUCAAUUUUUAAUAUAAACCAGUUUAUUCAACUGUAAA